AUGCCGGCCAACAACCAACGACCGGCCGCCCAAACUCCGGUAUCACCACGAAAUACGGCAAAAUACACCAACAAGGAUGGCUCCAAGUUUAUCACCGUACCUAAGGGCGCUACCUCUGAGUCUUCUUUGCCUCCGACCCCCACAACUGCUAAAGCCAGUGCCCCCCCACUAGAGGCUUCCAACCCCGACAAUGACCCUGCUCCAACAGUCAACCGCAAGAAGCAGAAGCGUAGACAGAAGGCUGCUCUAAAAGCCGCACAACAGGCUGCGAAUGGACAUACCGACAAUGUCGCGAGUGGUGGUGCACGCACUGGGUCUACCUCAGGCCGUGGUCCCGCCGAUCAUGAAGAGGUUGAAAGCGACGACGAGCAUGAGUAUGUCCUGGCGAGCGAAUUAACAGGCCCAACUACAAAUGGACACCUCCCUUCGGAUUCAAAAUCGAAGAAGAACAAGAAGAAAAAGAAGAAGGGAGGGAAUGCCGAUCCUACAUCACCUGUACCCGAAACUGUUGAAUCUGAGCCCCAAUCGCACUCGUCGCAAGGCCCUGGAAUGUCACGCGAUAAGAUAUGGAGCACUAGCAAUCAAGAGGAGCGCGAACGUAUAAAAGCGUUCUGGCUUGGAUUGGGUGAAGAUGAGCGGAAAUCCUUGGUCAAAGUCGAGAAGGAUGCCGUUCUGAAGAAGAUGAAGGAGCAACAGAAGCAUACAUGCAGCUGCACUGUAUGCGGACGGAAGCGAAAUGCAAUUGAGGAAGAACUGGAAGGCCUCUACGAUGCCUAUUAUCUGGAACUUGAACAAUUCGCAAACCAAGGCGAGGGACCACCAAUGCUACCAUCAGCUCGAGAUUUCGCUCUAAGACCGCCCCGGGGUCUGCCAUCAAGUUAUACCGGCCGCCCGCCAUCGCGCGGUCGAAUAGUCGAACAUGUGGGAGACGACGAAGAUGAGGACGAGCUGGAGGAGGUUUACAGUGAAGACGAAGUGGAGGACGAUGACUACAGCGACGACGAACCUCCCGAAGAAUAUCAAAACUCACAUGAACGGGACGUCGCCGAUUUCUUGACGUUUGGCAACAGCCUCCAAGUCAAGGGUACGCAGCUUCUUGAUUCACUUCUCCGCAGAUAUGGUAACAUGGACUUAGGUGGUAUUCUCACCGUGGCGGAUGACCUCCUGAAAAACGACGGCAAGCGGUUUAUCGAAAUGAUGGAACAGCUUGCCGAACGUAGGAUGGCCCGGGAAGAAGACGCCCGCGAACACUUCUCAAGGGGCUACGGUCACCCUAAUGGCUCAUACUCCAAUCCACAUAAUCAUCCUCCUCCUGAAGAAGACGAAUACGACGAAGAAGAGGACGAGGAAGAUGACUUUGAUGAUAGUCAGGAUGAGGAGUAUGAGGAGGAAGAGGUAUACUCAAACCCCUCUGUGAUACCAUCCCAGUCCCAUACUGAGUGUUGCUGCCAGGACCAAAUGACGGAGGAGCAACGAAUGGAGGAAGGCCGACGCAUGUUCCAGAUAUUCGCCGCCCGAAUGUUUGAACAAAGGGUUCUCUCGGCGUAUAAGGAGAAAGUCGCCAAGGAGCGUCAGCAGAGGCUGCUAGAAGAGCUCGAGGCCGAAGAUCGAGAAUCCGAAUUGAGGAAAGCUAAGAAGGCCAAAGAUGCGCAGAAGAAGAAGGACAGGGCUGCACAGAAGAAGCAAGCACUGGCCGAGGAGAAAGCGCGUAAAGAGGCAGAGAAGGCUGCUGCAGACGCUGCUCGUCUAGAAGCUGAGAAGCAACGGGUCGCUGAACAAAAAGCCAGGGCCGAAGAGAAACGAAAGCUAAAGGAGGCGCAGAAGAAGGCCGACGAAGAAGCUCGCCUACGCAAGGAGGCAGAGAGACAACGCCGAGCUCAGGAGCGAUCCGAACAAGACCGCAAGGCCCGCGAAGCCAAGGAAAAGGAGAAGAAGCUUAGGGAAGAACAGCGACAGAAAGAAAAGGAGGAAAAAGAGCGCGAGGCGCAGGAGCGGAAGGACAAGCAAGAGCGCGACAAGCGGGACAAGGAAGCACGUGCUGCAAAGGCACAGAAAGAUGCCCAAGCAGCCCGAGAAGCUAAGGAGAAGUUGAAGGAGGAGAAGGCAGCUGCCCAGAAGGCGGCAAGUCAAUCAUCACAACCAAUCCAAAUCCCGAAGCGUGGUUCCCAGCAUCCCGUACCGAUUCCGGCAGCUCUUCCACAACAACCUUCGAAUCCUGCAAGCUACGCCUCGCCAAAGAUUCCGGUCGCCACUCCUGUAAUGUCUAAAGCACCGACUCCCAUAAGACCUCGGACCCUCUCGCAGCAAGACAGUGGAGCGCAAUCCGCUACAGCUUCGUCUACUAGUCAAGACCCUUCACCUCAUUCCAUGACACCCAUAAUGAGCCCUGGUCUAAUUGGCCAGCGCCACGGAAGCGCAAGCACUCAGCAUUCUCACUCGGUAUCCCCAACAAAUGGACAACCGAGACUACCAGGACAAUCUCCUUUCCAGAUACCUCCUAUGGGAAUGCAUCCGCCCCCAGGAUUGCAUCACCACCCCGCACCACCAGGUUUCCCCAAUCGUAUGUCACAGGAUGGCUUUUCAGCGUUUAGACACGGCCCUGGUGCAAUGAUGCCUCCUCCUGGCAUGAAUGGGCCAGCUGGACGUGGAUUUCCCUUGCCGAUACCACCAGGGUUCUCACAGCCGGGAGUCGAUCAAUUUGACAUGAAUGGAUUCCCGAUACCGACGGACAUGCCCCCAUCAACGCAUCAUCGCCAAAGUUCAUUCCAAUUUGACGCGCCACCAACCCCAGCACAACCCAUUGGUCGACCUGCUCCUAUUGGGCGUCCUGGAAGCAUAAAUCUUGGCCGCUCAUCUGACGACAAGGAAGAUGAAACUGCACAUCUGGGUAGCCGGGCUCUGUUGGAAGAUGACGAGCCGCUCGAAGUCGAAGGAAUUAUGGGGGUGCGAAACCAACCACCUGGGCCGAGGCCCGAUUAUACCACGAGCCCCUUCUUGGCUUCAGCGUUUCCGCUGGCACCGAAUCCGUGGGGCCCUCCUGGUGUCGGUGGACAUCCUUUGCCUCCUCCUGGGCUCAACAAUCCUGUCUGGGGCGCACCAAGUGCACCUCCUGGUUUUGGCAUGUCUCCUGUUCCUGCAAUCAACUCUCUCCGAACCGCAUCACACCCUAGCUUCCCCCAACUUCGCGCAAUGCUCUGCCAGGCAUGCCAGGAACUCGCUGGCUCGGGUGACCAAGAAGGUUACAUUGACCUCUCAAUCCUGAAGUCAAGAAUUGAGGCACUAUCAGGCGACAGUAUCUCAGAAGCUAUUCUCAUCAACCUUUGCGAUACCGAAGGAAACCCCAACAACGGAGGCGGUACGCUAGUUAUCCGACAGAAUGGUGGAGGUUUUAGCCACGCCGUCCGAUGGGAACCCGAUCUAAAUGAUGGAUUUUAUCGACCCGUCGGCGCUCCAGGUGAGAUUGGCAGCCCGGUGGCCGGUCAAGCAACUCUGCGAGGGGGAAUAUAG